GUUCUUCAUUGCUCUGUGUUUCUUGUGUAAAUAUUAUUUCUAAACUUUCAUAAUACUUUAAAACUUAAAACAUUAAUGUUGUAGGUAUAAGUGAUGUGUUGUGUUAAUUAUUUUUUUAUGCACAAUGUUGUUAAGUAAGGAUUAGAGCGUCGAAUGUUUGAAAUGUUUGGUCAUAAUUACACAUGGUAUUUACACAGGUAUCACUCCGCCAGAAAAGUAGAGACCUGUUUAUGUGUUUCCAAAACAGGUCCAGCCGCCUGCUCAGAAGACGAGACCCGCCUGGUGAAGCACCUGUUCACGGGCUACAACAAGGUGGUCCGCCCCGUCAACCACUUCAGCGAGGCCGUGGUGGUCACGGUGGGACUGCAGUUGAUUCAGCUCAUCAGUGUGGAUGAAGUCAACCAGAUUGUGACCAGUAAUGUCCGCGUCAAACAGCAAUGGACUGACGUAAACCUGCACUGGAAUCCUGACGACUACGGCGGCAUCAGGAAGAUUCGAAUCCCGUCCACCGACAUCUGGAAGCCUGACUUAGUGCUUUAUAACAAUGCUGACGGCGACUUUGCCAUCAUCCAUGAGACUAAAGUCCUGCUGGAGCACACUGGAAAGAUCACGUGGAACCCUCCCGCCAUCUUUAAGAGUUACUGCGAAAUCAUCGUCCUGCAUUUCCCCUUUGACCUGCAGAACUGCAGCAUGAAACUGGGGACGUGGACCUACGACGGCCGGCUGGUCGUCAUCAACCCAGACAACGACCGGCCAGACUUGAGUAACUUCAUGGAGUCGGGGGAGUGGGUGCUGAAGGACUACAGGAGCUGGAAACAUUGGGUCUACUACACCUGCUGCCCCGAAAGGCCCUACCUGGACAUCACCUACCACUUCCUGAUGCUGCGCCUGCCGCUCUACUUCAUCGUCAACGUCAUCAUCCCCUGCAUGCUCUUCUCCUUCCUCACCGGGCUGGUCUUUUACCUGCCCACAGACUCGGGUGAAAAGAUGACUCUGUCCAUCUCCGUCCUGCUCUCGCUGACCGUCUUCCUGCUGGUCAUCGUGGAGCUCAUCCCGUCCACGUCGAGCGCCGUGCCGCUCAUCGGGAAGUACAUGCUCUUCACCAUGGUGUUCGUCAUCGCCUCCAUCAUCAUCACCGUCAUCGUCAUCAACACGCACCACCGCUCGCCCAGCACGCACACCAUGCCCGCCUGGAUACGCAAGGUGUUCAUCGACACCAUCCCCAACAUGAUGUUCUUCUCCACCAUGAAGUGUCCCAGCCAGGAAGUCCGACAGAAGAGGUUGUUCCCCACGGACAUGGACAUCUCCGACAUCUCGGGUAACCCCGCCCCCACCAACGUCCCCUACCAGUCGCCCAUCGUCAAGAACCCCGACGUCCGCAGCGCCAUCGAAGGCGUCAAGUACAUCGCCGAGACCAUGAAGUUGGACGAGGAGUCCAACAACGCGGCAGAGGAGUGGAAGUUUGUGGCCAUGGUUUUGGACCACAUCCUGCUCUGCAUCUUCAUGGCCGUGUGCCUCAUCGGCACGCUGGCCGUCUUCGCGGGCAGACUGAUGGAGCUCAACACGCUGUGAGGGUGGCGAGGAAAGGCCGCAGCGCUCCUACUUGAAACUUUCUCCGGGACGCCGUUGGCUCCGGCGAGGAUUGCGCUUUUGUCUCCAUGGCGAUGGUUUGUCCUUCCUUACUCGUCAGCGUUGACUAUUUUAUACAACCACUUUGUUAAAUGACUUUUUUUUUUUUUUUUUUAAUGGCGUCGAGCAAACGGUCUUCCUGUCUGGAGGUUUUAUUGUUUUGGUUUUGCUCCACGCUCUCGCCUCCUGUCUCGGGUCGGUGUUGCGACAGUCGUUUUUUUGACGCUCCCCACUUCGAUUUUUUGUGAGAAACGAUGGCGAGAAAAAACAUGAGCUCUUUGUUCUUCAUUCAGCUUUCAUUUGAAGGACAUAAAAAAAAAAAGAUCUACAGUGUUAUUACUCCGUUAUUGCAGGAGUUACCUGGUGAAUUUCCUCUAUUCUACAAAACCCAAAACCAAAAGAAGUUGGCACGUUGUGUCAAUGGUAAAUAAAAACAAAAUACAAUGAUUUGCGAAUCCUUUUCAACUUGUAUUCAAUUGAAUAGACUGCAAAGACAAGAUAUUUUUAACAUUCGAACUGGAAAACGUUGUGAAACAUGUUUCAAAAAAGCUGGCACAAGUGGCAAAAAAGACUGAGAAAGUUAAGGAAUGCUUAUCAAACACUUAUUUGGAACAUCCCACAGGUAAACAGGCUAAUUGGGAACAGGUGGGUGCCAUGAUUGGGUAUAAAAGCACCUUCCGUAAAAUGCUCAGUCUUUCCCAAAAAAGGACGGGGCGAGGGUCACCACUUUGUCAACAAAUGCGUGAGCAAAUUGUCCAACAGUUUAAGAACAUUUCCCAACAAGCUAUUGUAAGGAAUUCAGGGAUUUCACCAUCUAACAGCCGUAAUAUCAUCAAAAGGUUCAGAGAAUCUGGAGAAAUCACUGCACGUAAGCGAUGAUAUUACGGGACUUCGAUCCCUCAGGCAGUACUGCAUUUAAAACCAACAUCAGUGUGUAAAGGAUAUCACCACAUGGGCUCAGGAAGACUUCAGAAAACUAAGUAACCACAGUUCGUCACAACAUCUGUAAGUGCAAGUUAAAACUGCACUAUGCAAAGCCAAAGCCAUUUAUCAACAACACCCAGAAACGCCGCCGGCUUCGCCGGGCCCAAGCUCAUCUAAGAUGGACUGAUACAAAGAGUGAAAAUUGUUCUGUGGUCUGACAAGUCUAAGUUGAUCAACUUAAGCUGUACAUCAAGCAGGAAUGAGAAAGAAUUCCACCUGAAAAUCUUAAAAAAAUUGGUUUCCUCAGUUUACAAACGUUAACUGAGUGUUGUUAAAAGGAAAGGCCAUGUAACACAGUGGUAAAAACUUUUUUGCAAUGUGUUGCCACCAUUAAAUUCUAAGUUAAUGAUUAUUUGCCAAAAAAAAAAAAGUUUCUCAGUAUCCAACAUUAAAUAUCUUGUCUUUGCAGUCUAUUCAACCGAAUAGAAGUUGAAAAGGAUCUGAAAAUCACAGUAUACAAUAUUAGCAUGCUAACUUUUCUUUUUACCAAGUCACAUAACUUGGUACUUGACAUAUGCUAACUUUUUAAGGCAAUUUUGUCAACGUACACCGCAAUAAUUUAACUUGGUACUUGAAAUAUGCAAGUACGAUACCAUGUUAAAUAUUUUAGCCAAUUUUAAUGUUUGUACACUUAAGAGUUGUUUAACUUGGUACUUGACACAUUUUUAGUGCUGGUAUAACAUUAGCAUUUUAACAUUAGCGUCCUAAGUUUUGUUUUUUUUAGCUAAAUUUAAAGCCAUACAGCUCAGGAAUACAACUUGUACUUGACACAUGCUAAGUUUUAUCAUGCUAUGCUAACAUUAGCAUGCAAACUUUUUUAGCUAAUUUUACACUUGUACAUCUCAGUGUCAUAACUUGGUACUUGACACAGGCUUAAUAUUAGCAUACUAUGUUGACAUAGCAUGCUAACAAUAACAUGCUAGCAUACUAACAUUAGCAUGCUAACUCAUUUUUUAGUUAUUAAUGCAGUCGUACAGCUCAGAAUCAUAUAGCUUAGUAUUUGACACAUCCUAAGUGUUAACAUGCUAUGCUAAUUAUAACUUGCUAAUGUUGUUUGGUCUAAUUUUACAGCCGUACAGCUCAGAAUCAUGUAUUUGACACAUAAGUGUUACUAUGCUAUGCUAACAUUAGCAUGCUAACUUCUUUUUUUUUGGCUUAUUUUACACAUGUACACCUAGAAAUCAUGACUUGGUACUUGAUACAUGCUUAGUGUCAGCAUGCUAUUUUUACAUUACCAUGCUAGCACUCUAAUAUUAACGUGCUAACUUUUUUUUUAUAGCUAAUUUUACAGCCAUACACCUCAGUGUUAUAACUUGGUACUUAACAUAUGCUUAAAAUUAGCAGGCUACCAUUUACAUGCUAACAUACUAACAUUAGCAUACAAACUCUUUUUUUAGUUAUUCAUGCAGUCGUACAUUCAGUGUUUUAACUUGAUAUUUGACAUAUGAUAAUUCUUAGCAUGCUAUGCUAACAAUUACACGCUAACUUUUUGUUAGCAAAUUCUGCAGCCGUACAACUCAGUGAUGUAUUUGACACAUGCUAAGUGUUAGCAUGCUACGGUAAUAUUGAGACUCUAACAUACUAACAUUAGCAGGCUAACUUUUUUUUUAGCUAAUUUUACAGAAUUAUAUUUUACAAAAAUGUUUUUACCUAAUUUUACAAAAUUAUACCUAAUUUUUCCUUAGAGUUAUAUAAAUUGGUACCUGCCACAUUCUUAGUGUAAACAUGCAAUGUAAACAUUAGGAUGCUAAUAUUAACAUGCUAGCAUACCCACAUUAGCAUGGUACCUUUUUUUGAAAACUAAUUUCCCAGCCGUACAGUUCAGGGUCCAGUAACCUGGUAUUUAACACAUGCUAAGGGUUAGCAUGCCACGCUAACAAUAACAAUAACAAUCAUUUUUUUUGUUGUGUGCUAAUCUUACAGCCGUCCACCUUAAGAGUCAUAACUUAGGACUUGGCACAUGCUACGGUCAACAUAUUACAUUUGGAGACACUUUCUCAUAAAAUACCAUAAUAGGGCUGCUCAAAAAUUCGGUUCCUCAGAAAAUCACAAUUUUAAUCUUUUCCAAUUCUAAAUCGUUUCAUAAUUUUUCAAGAGUCCGUUUUAAAGAUAUAGUUUUUAAGAUUCCUACCUGUAAUAAUAAAGUGUCUACAAACAUUUGAAUGGAAGCGUCAACAAAACUUGACACAGUUUCUGUCAGGUUCAAACACUGAUGACAUCUUUUAAACAGACAAGAAGCAAGGAAUCAUGCAGAGACAGCGUUCAAUUUAGCUCAUGUGGAGAACGCAUGGAGCUGCACACUCAGUCACAAUCUCGCCCUACGCUCUAAGGUACAGGAGUUCCCCAGUCAACAUCACUGAAGCCGCCUCUAUAAGGAGUGCUCACUCAUAUCAUGCAAAGCAGCUCCAGUACGCACAAUACGUGACGGAAUGUGCUGGGGGGCCUUGUGAUUUCGCCUUGUCUCUGCUUUGUCUGCGUGCUGCCGUCUUAUCUUCGUUGAGGCUCUUGAAGUCCUUGGCUGUCAGCGAGCUAAAACAAAGAUAACAUCUCCGGCUGAGGCCACCCCUCGGACAAGAAGAUUUUGUCCUUGCACAGAUAGAAAAUGCCUAACUUGAGCAGAAUAGCUAUUGACUACAGCAACAGACUUUAAGCAUACUAAAGUUGUGUGAUAAUAUAUACAUGAUUAUUUUAACAAUUUCCUUAGUCAUGGGAUCAAUAUGGAGGGUUUGAUUCCAUACCAAUAUGUAAAAUUGUGGCUGCAGUGUUGUUGGGUUUCCACGGCAACACACUGGAUUUUAUUCAACGUGACCAUGCAGUGAAGUUCAUAUUGAGCUCACCAUUUUUCGUUUUUCCUUCCGUUUGUGUGGAGGAGUUGGAAGUAAACCUUAUCAAUACUUUUAAAUAAAAACCUUGCAAAUGUG